GCAGCAGCAGCAGCAUCAAAAUGCCUGUCUUUCAUACCAAAACCAUCGAGAGCAUCUUGGAACCAGUGGCCCAACAGGUCUCCCGUUUGGUCAUACUUCAUGAAGAAGCCGAAGAUGGCAACGCAAUGCCCGAUCUCGGCAAACCAGUGCAGGCCGUAUCGCUGGCGGUGACGAACCUGGUGCGCGUCGGCCGUGAAACCAUACAGAACUCGGACGACGACAUACUGAAGCAGGAUAUGCCUGCAUCCCUGACGCGCGUAGAAACGGCCGCCCAGCUAUUGGAGGAAGCAUCGCUCAUGCUACGAUCCGAUCCAUUCUCCGGACCGGCUCGCAAGAAGCUGAUUGAGGGUUCGCGCGGUAUCCUGCAGGGCACGUCGUCGCUGCUACUUUGCUUCGACGAGUCCGAGGUGCGCAAGAUCGUGCGUGAAUGUAAGCGAGUGCUCGACUAUCUGGCCGUCUCGGAGGUGAUUGAUUCGAUGGAAGAUUUGGUGCAAUUCCUGAAAGAUCUGUCCCCGUGUCUGAGCAAGGUAACGCAUCAGGUCGGUGCACGCGAGAAGGAACUCACGCAUCAGGUGCAUAGCGAGAUAUUGGUGCGUUGCCUGGAGCAGUUGAAGAUCCUUGCACCCAUACUGAUCUGCAGCAUGAAGGUGUACAUACUGAUCGCGGAACAGAGCGGCAAGGGUUCGGAAGAGGCGGCCGAGAAUAGGAACUAUCUUGCGUCUCGAAUGAGCGAAGAGUUGCAGGAAAUUAUUCGCGUGCUGCAGCUUACCACGUACGACGAGGAUCAGAGCGAGCUGGACAAUCUGACCGUACUGAAGAAGAUUCACAAUGCGAUCAACAACAAGCUCGAAGCGGCCAACGAGUGGUUGCGCAAUCCGUACGCACUGCGGGGCGGUGUCGGCGAGAAAGCGUUGCGCCAGAUUGUGGAGAAUGGGAUGAAGGUGGCCGAUCGCUGUUUGCCGCAGGAUUCACACAUCCUGCGCAAGUUGGCCGGCGAUAUAACGGCGAUGACAAACACGCUGUGCGAUUUGCGUCAGGACGGUAAGGGCACUACGCCACAUGCAGACAACAUUGCACGGGACAUUCGUGACAAGCUGGGCAGCUUGGAGCAGUCCGUGCUGAACGCGAUCAUGGGUGUAGACAAGGCAGGAUUGCAGCAGACGGCCCACACGGUGCAAGGUCGGCUGGAGCAGGCUUGCCGGUGGUUGCAAAACCCGGCCCGCGAUGAUCGAGGUUUGGGUGUGCGAGCGAUCGCACUGAUCGUGGACGAGGGUCGACGUGUGGCGGACGGACUGGGCGGACACCAGAAGGCGGAGAUGGCACAGCUGUGCGACGAGGUCGAACAGCUGGCGCACGACUUUUCGCAAAUGUGCGCCAACGGCUUGGGACACACGCCCCAGGCACAGGAAUUGGCUCGCCGGCUUAACGAAAAGUUGCACGGGCUGAAGAAACAGAUACAGGACGCUGUAGUGAACCGUGUGGUGGAAGAUUUUAUUGACAUCUCGACUCCGCUGAAACAGUUCAUGGAAGCGGUUGCUCAGCCGGACGGAACGCCGGGACGUGAGCAAAACUUCAACCAGAAAUCAAACCGGCUGCAGGCGUUCAGCAACCGGGCCUCGAAGACGAGCCGUAUGGUGGCGGCGGGUGGAUCAGGUGGCAACAAAAAGCUGGCGGAAGGGCUGCUUGCCUCAGCGAACCAGAUCGACAGCCUAACGCCCCAACUCGUGUCGGCCGGCCGUAUCCGGAUGAACUAUCCGACGAGCAAAGCGGCUGAGGAGCAUCUGAACAAUCUGAAGCAACAGUACGCCGAUACGAUCCUGCGCAUGCGCACACUGUGCGACCAGGCAACGGAUCCGGCCGACUUUAUCGAAGCGUCCGAGAAGCAGAUGCAGAAACAUUCGUUCCUGUGCGACGAUGCGAUCCGUACCCGGCAGCCACAGAAAAUGGUGGACAACACGUCAAGCGUGGCACGGCUCGCUAACCGUGUGCUGCUUGUCGCGAAACAGGAAGCGGACAAUUCGGAAGAUCCAGAGUAUAUCGGCCGGUUGAACGGGGCAUCGGAUCAGCUGCAGGCUUCCAUCUCGCCGAUGGUACAGGAGGCGAAAAAUGUUUCGUCCAACAUAAAUGAUCCGGUGGCCGCUUCAAACUGGCGUGAAGCUAAUCGGGCGUUGCUGCAAAGCGUACGGAACGUGCGAGGUGCUGUUACACAUGCACCAACCGUACCCGAGAUGCCGGAUCUUUCGCAGCUACACUUGAACGAAGCUGUCCCGCCACCAAGGCCACCGCUACCACGCGAGAAUAUGCCACCGAUGCGUCCACCGCCGCCAGUUGCCGAAACGGACGACGAAGACGAUGUGUUCCAGGCAGGCAGCAUGCCACACGCCAACCAACCGAUCCUGAUGGCUGCCCACGGACUUCACCAGGAGGUGCGCCAAUGGUCGUCGAAGGACAACGAAAUCAUUGCUGCUGCCAAGCGUAUGGCCGUACUGAUGGCCCGACUUUCCGAGCUGGUGCGAGCAGAUUCGAAGGGCAGCAAGCGAGAACUGAUUGCGACCGCUAAACAGAUCGCCGAAGCGUCCGAAGAUGUGACGCGCCUAGCGAAACAGUUGGCCCGCCAGUGCACGGACAAGCGCAUCCGUACGAACCUGCUGCAGGUGUGCGAACGUAUCCCGACGAUCGGCACACAGCUAAAGAUUCUGUCCACCGUGAAGGCUACCAUGCUGGGUGCGCAAGGCUCGGAAGAGGAUCGCGAAGCGACGGAAAUGCUUGUUGGAAAUGCGCAAAAUCUCAUGCAGAGCGUGAAAGAAACGGUGCGAGCGGCGGAAGGUGCCAGCAUCAAGAUCCGUUCGGAUCAAACCAACCAACGGCUACGCUGGGUACGUCGACAGCCCUGGUAUCAGUACUAA